AUUGGGGUGAGUGGACGGUUUGGGGGUACUGUGAUGACGAGGGUCUGCAGCAUCGCACCCGUCACUGUGGGGAGGACCAGGGGCUCGAGGGCGGUCUCUGCCAGGGGAACAUCACCCAGGCCCGGCCCUGCCAGCCUCACGAAGUCCCCGUUAUUUUACCUGGGCAGGAGGAGCAGAGCUGUGGAACCUUCACUUUGUUCCAGUUAGUCGCCGUGGGCUCAGCCAGUUUCUUUGCGGCGGCGUUGCUCUCGGCUCUGGCCUACAGCUACUGCUACCAACUGAACCGAGCGUCCGCAGAGUCCGCCGUCAUCCACCCCAGCACCCCCAACCACCUGACCUACAACAAGCAGGGCAACGCCACGCCAAAGAACGAGAAGUACAUCCCCAUGGAGUUCAAGACCUUAAACAAGAACAAUCUCCACGUGAACGACGAGACGUGCAACCACUUCCCCUCCCCGCUGCCCGCCAGCAACAUGUUCGCCACCACGUACUACCCCCCCAGCCUCGGCAAGUACGACUUCCACCCAGACUCGCCCUGCAGGACCUACCUGCACAGCUGAGAGGAGGCUCUGAACAGAAAGCACCCCUCUUUCACUCUCACAAGACCCCACCAUGAAGUGUUUCCUCACUCAUAGAAAUAUGAGUUGCUACUGUACAGCAUGCAAAGAAAAUAAGGUUUGGAGCGUACACCAUUUAAACCAAUUACACUUUUUCUCCUUUUCUUCCUAAACUCUAGCUGCCAAUGUGGAGGAAAUCCUUGAAAGCCAUUCAAAGGUUUGGUCACAUGAGACAAAAUCCUCAUAAGUUGCUGCUCGUAGUUUAAUAUUCUACAAAUCACAGUAUAAAGUAUAUUACAUUCUGCAGGACUCGACCUAAAUGCAUAGCAAAUGUGACCGCACCUUGAGUGUCCUUUAAGUUUUCUGCAUUCUUCAAAUACACUCACAAAGUCUCCUGUUUCCAUGAAAGCUGGCGGGCUUUUUGUUCUUACCUAUUCUUCAAAAAUAAUUGUGGAUAUUGAAACCAACACUCACAGAACUUUCCCUUACUUCACCGCCUUGUUUGUGCUCAGUGUGAAGAAUCCAGACUUCCUGAAUGAUGUUUUUAUCUGGAUGUUCACCGGACUGAGAGGAGACCCAUCUGCUAGUUUGGGGAUUUUCCCUUUCCCUCAUUUUCAGCAGGUGGGUUCAGAGGACUCAGUAAUAAUGUACAAUAUUUACCCUGGACACAUAAGACUGAUAUCUGUGAUGAAAACCAGAGAACUGAAAUGAUUUGUUGUGAGAAACAUCACCAUUCUUCAUCAGUACGAAGAAGCAAAGAAAUUACUUUUUUUUUGCUUUAAUGUUCAUAUUUAGCAGAAGCAGCAACGGGAAAGACACUGAAGAAAACAUUUCUGACACUUAUGUAUGUGCUGUACACUGUAAAAAAUGAUGUUUACUUUUCUGUUAAUUAUUUUCCGUAUGUUCACAGAUGUCAAUGUAUCAUAUUUUAUUGAUUUUGGGGCAUUUGUCGUUGGUCACACUCAUAUUUCCGGGACAUGGAAAACAGAGUUGUCUUUAAUAGAAACACUUUAUCAGGUACAUUUGUUUACAUCAAAUGUCUAUUCUGCAUAUAUGUUAAAUAUAUGUUGCGAAUUAAAUACUUUCAGGAAACUUCUUGGAAAUUAUUCUGACUCUUAAAAUAAAAUCAUUUUACAAGUAAUAUGCUACUAAAACAGGACCAUGUUUCUAAUAUUUAAGUCACUCCAAACUGCGACAUGUAUAUAUAUCCCAUUGUGUUUCUAAAUUGUAAAUACCAAGUGAUGCAUUCAGGUGUUGUGUAGCGUCAACAAACCACACUCUUACACAAAAUACAGAACAUGUGUGUGUAUAAAGUGUACAAAUAUGUGUGUAUGUAUUUGGCUGCAUCCUCUCCCCGUGCUGUGACAGAAAAGGUUGUGUUUUGUACUUAAAACACUUUUUUAAAGAUCCUGAUGGACUUCUCCGUUCUGCUGUUAAAAAAUGAUUGAUGUGAAUUUGACAUAACCUUUUGGACACUGUGAGCUUUUGCUACUCUAUAUUUUUGUAUAAUGUGCACUGUAAAAAAAAUAUGAAGAAAACAAUUUUGGUGCCAAUAUUUUUAGUUUUGCAUGCUGAACGCUCAACCACAAUAUUAAAACAAGUCUCAAGAUUAAAAUAAACUUUUUUCAAGAUUUAAAAAACGAGCAUAUGUCUGUUUUCCCCAAAGAUUUGAACACCUGCAAAGUAGAUUUUACUAUCUUAAUGUUAAGAAUGUUGGAUCUUAUUUUUAAAACACAGGAUCAAAAAAGUGUCCAAAAAUAGUUGUUUUUUUCCACUCACUGAUUUUCUUUCUGUCUUUAAAGUGGUUUGACUCGAAGACACGAGUUACUCACUGCUCUUUGUAAUGUCUUAUCCCUCAGCUUCCAUCAUGUGUCUUUAAUAAUUGACGUGUCUUGAGAGGAGACAUGCAUGCAGGUAAAUCACCACGUUGUCCUUUAUAGCAUCGUGAUUACUUUUCCUGUAGGCAGGAGAUCUUAAACUGAUGAAUAAUAGACUCAAAGGAAGGUGAACAAGGUGGAGGACAGGGCAGAAGUUACCUGUGCAGGUAUUUAAUUAUUCAUUUCAGUGUAUUAGUCUCUUUCACAGGUCAUUUUCAGCAGUGCAGCGAUUUACUCUCACAUUUUUUUAUUACAAACCCAUUUACCUCCAAAAACGUAGCACCCGUUCUCACAUCGUUGCUCUGAGCUGCACUCCAGUGUUUAUUAUUCAUAGGGAGCAGGGAGAGUUGAAUCUGCUGGUGAACCCUCUGGGUCACUUGGGCACUACUUUCUUUUAUUUAUUCAUCCGAAAUUUCUUCUUUGCUCUACCAUUUAGAAAACUGGAUCAAAUUGAAGUCCAUAAAUAUUACAAAAAAACAAAAGAUGCACUCAAGAAAAUGCCUCAACAACGACCUCUUCACAUUUGACUCUUGUGUGGGUUUUGGUGGAUUGUUUCCU